CACACAGGUCACAUAGUCAAAAUGGCAGGAUCGAAAACUGAGAGCGCUGUGCGCUUCCCUGAGAGGGAGGGCCAGACCCGUCGUCUGCGCAACCAAACCACCCAAGACAAGAAGGCUGUAGCUCGGAUGCAAGAUCAGGGUGCUUCGGCUCAAGCCAGGGUUGCGAGGGCUACUCAUGCCGGCGAGGAGUGGACACCAGUCGAGACCUUCGAGACCGCCAUGGACCAGGACGGCAACCCAGUGCCUGAUCCCGCGUAUACCGACUAUGAAAAGAUGAGACAGCACAAGGGUGGCGAGGACGAGGCUGAUGACUAUGUUGCUGCUAAUGCAAACUUUGACCGUUAAUGCAAGAAUUGUCUAAGUCGAGGACUCCUCAUCGGCCGUGUACAUUCCGGUCACUCAAUAUGAAGGACAUGUGGAUUCUCGUCAAGGAAGAUCGUGUAACGAAUUAGUCGUCGCAUUUGCAGGAC